ACAUGGACACAAAAACUAACGCAAAAUACCUUUUCCUUUAUGAUCAGAAUCCAUAAAAGAAGUAAAGCCUGUUGUUUGUUAACUUGUCACAGUUGUUGGAUCAUCAACACCUGCUCUGCUAUCUUCUUUCUUCUACAAUUCCUCUUACAAUUUCCUUCGCAUUUUCCUUCCAACAUUUCACAUCAAUUCACGUGAUUACCACCACUUACAGACACAACUCGCUUUCAUUAGGGUUCUUGGUUUGGUUUAACUCCACCGACAACCUUUCUGAUCCACCAAUUUCAACCAGAUCCGGCUACUUUCUUACAUUUCUAACCUGGGUUUCUUUCCAAUUUUUCAUUUUGGUCACUAUUCAGUUUUGCACACCAAGUGUUCGACGAAAUUACCCUCAGUUCUGUACGGUUCUUUACUCGCGAUUUGUGUGUUUUUGAAGAGGAGUUUUAUUGUUUUAACUUAUACUUGUCCGAAACUGGCUUCAAUUUGAGGUUCUCUUUGCUGUAAAUGUUAAUUUGACAUAUUAGGGUUUAUGAAUUCAAUUGUAUGAGAAAUUGAAGUGUUUUCAAGCCAAUUUGGGGUGGUUUAUGCUUAAGGACAUUGCAUUUGAAGCUGCAGUUGGGCUUCUUAACGUGGGUAUAUCUGUGUGAUGGAAAUAUGUUGUUCAGUUGCAUAUAUGGGAGCUUGCUUGAUGUUAAAUGAUGCAUAUGUUGGUUCUUCAAGUGGGAAUUAUGUUACACCUAUUGCUUAAUAAUCAGAUUUUUUGAAUAUAUCUUGGAGUUUCAAGGGUUUCGUUGAUCAUCGAGCGUUUAGUACUUCAAUAUGAAUAUGUUUCGUACUUUCGUCUGAAUUGAGUCGUUUGGCCGGACAAUAGUGGUGGUGGUUACCGGAAUUUAGGGGUAGCAAAAUGCCUCCGUCACCUGCGAUGAGAUGUUCUCCGGGAAGGGAACCAAGAGGCGAUAAUCAUAAAAGAGGACGCAGUUUAGAGAGUGUAAUACCGUUGAAACAAAUUGACGAUGAUCUUGCUUUAUUCAAUGAGGUGCAAAGCAGAGAAAGAGAUGAUUUCUUGCUCGAGGCCAGUGAUGAUUUUGAAGACAUUUUCGCAAGUAAGUUGCGGUAUUUUUCAGAUUACAAGCUUGGGAUAAACGUUCCUGCUCGAGGCGAAAGCAGUGAUCUCCUCCAUGCAGAAGAGGAGAAGAACGAUUAUGAAUGGUUAUUAACUCCUCCGGAUACACCUUUGUUUCCGUCUUUGGAUGAUGAAGUGCCUCAAGUUAAUGUUGCACAAAGGGGUAGACCUAGGACUCAACCGAUUUCGAUUUCAAGAUCAUCGACUAUGAAGAGCCAUAGAAGCAGUAGAGGCAGUGCAAGCCCGAACCGUGUGAGCCUAUCUCCUCGAUCUCAUAAUAGCGCGUUUGAAUCUAGAGGUGUCCGUGCCAUGUCAGCACCUAGUGCUAGUCCACCUACCGUUUUAAAACCCGCUACCUCGCCACUUAGAUCGUCUCCACCAUCUCGAAAACCCGUAACACCCGUUCCACGGGCUUCAACACCGCCUUCACGAAGGUUAAGUACGGGAUCCAAUAACAGUACCCCGGGUUCAAGGGGCAGUAGAGGAAAUUCACCUUCACCAAAAGUCAAAGCGUGGCAGUCAACCAUUCCCGGUUUUUCCUCCGAGGCCCCGCCAAAUCUUAGGACCUCGUUGGCGGAUCGACCUGCUUCGUAUGUACGCGGGUCCUCACCGGCUUCUAGAAACAGCAGACAGUCGAUGUCCCCCACGGCUUCUAGAAGCAUCAGCUCAUCUCAUAGUAAAGGUUCGGUUGGUUCAUCUAAUGAUGAUGACGUGGAAUCUUUUUCAUCUGUUGUUGUCAGUGGUGGCACACAACGGUUAAAUUCAAGAAGAGUUGGUGGCUUACAAUAUAACCAUAAGAAGACGCCACAUCAGCAGUUUUCAAAAAAACCGAAUAGCAUGGUUUCAUCUAGUUCUGCUCCCAAGAGAUCUUUCGACCUUGCGCUCAGACAAAUGGAUCAUAGAAAAGGUCCUCAGAACAUGUUCAGGCCACUACUUUCGAGUGUCCCGAGUUCGAGUUUUCAUGCCGGGAUAUCAAGUUCGCCUCACAAUACCAUGAUUACAAGAAAUUCUUCAGUUACUAGUAAUAAUGCAAGUUCCGGGCAUGUAUUAGGCGGUGUACAUGAACCCGAAACGGGCCCGGAUGAUGCAACUAGUGAGCCCGUAAAAAUUCAAGAUCCCGAUGUCAGUGAUGAAGUGUUUCUGAUGGAGAAAGAUGAUGGUGGUCUAAAUGAAUCAUGCGAUCCAACAACUUUGACUACCGGUUUGACUUUUGAUGGUAUCGGGGAUAUCGAUAUUCAAGUGGGUUUGUCAAUAUGUUCGAAAUGUGGGUGUAAGUUUUCUCCAAUUGGAUUAGAAGACAACAUUAAUCUUUGUGGAGAAUGCAGAGAGUCGUAUUCGCCUUUGACUGUUGUUGACCCGGUAACUGAAUCUGCUACAACAGUUGACCCUCAAGUGGCCGUAGCUGUAGUCAAACCCCGAUCUAGUCAACAUGAUGUUGCGGUCAAAGACGGUCAAAGUACAUACGGGGAACCAAUUUGGAAUUUUUUAGCACAAACUUCUCUUUCUCGAUCACGGUCAGAAGAAAGCGAGACAAAACAAGUCAACCAUGACACGGUCGACUCAUCAAAUUCAAAGGUUGACUCUUUAGAAGGUGCGGGAAUUUCGCUACUGCUAAAAAGGUCGAAUAGUAUAAAGGGUACGGUUGUACGGAACAUGACCUUUUCAGCAAGUAGUAUUUCAUACGAUGAUUUUUCAUAUGUUAGAGACAGUACAAAUAAUAGCAUGAGAAGCUUGUCGGUUUCGUCUUCAACCGACUUUUCUGGAGUCAAUCGACAACCCGGUGCCCGAUUACAACGGGAAUUGAGUAGCACAAAAUCUGAAAUCGAAACUUACAAAUUUGACCUCAAUAAUACCAAGAGUGGAUCAUCAUUAUCUGCUACCUCGAGCCAUGCUUGCCAUAAUGAAGAAAAUGACACUUUUACCCCCGAAAACAACAAUGGGGAUGACUUUGAAACCGGCCCGACUCAAACCCAUGUUGAUUCUGCGGAAUCUUUAUUAACCGAUUGUUCGAAAGUUGAAAAAGCCGCUGAAUUUCAAGAAAUUGACGGCUCUGGAUGUGACGAUACUCGUGUUUCAGAGACUUGUACUUUGGAAGAUCGUACUGAUGUUGAUAAAGUUCAACCGGAUACAGUUUCUGGAGAAUCUGAUCAAGCGGGUCGGGUUUCUCCUGGUUUAAAGCGUGACGGGUCACUAAGUUCAACAAACAGCAUAGAAGAAUCACAAGAAGUUGUUUCUGAUCAGGACCGCGAUACCGCUGACGAUACAAGCAACAUUAUCGAAGAAUCAGUCGUUGUGGUCAAACACAAAGGCGAAACGAGAGGAAGAAGUUUGACUUUAGAAGAAGCAACAGACACAAUACUCUUUUGCAGCUCAAUAGUUCACGAUUUGGCACAUACUGCUGCGACGAUAGCCAUCGAGAAGGAAUCCCGUUUGGCUCCCGUGGAAGACAACGGUUCUUGGCCGCUCAUUCCCGCCACCCGGAAAUCUGAUAUCGGGAAACCCGAGUUUCAAACCCAAACCCAAACCACAACCAGACGCCCGUCAAAGUCUCAAAGGUCUAGACAGAAAAAAGAGGCCGAAACCGACCCGACAAAAUCCCCAAACACCACGGAACACCAAGGUCAAACGGGUCAACAGAAGACCCGUAUUGUCGGGGUUCGGGACUGGAAUAACGGAGAGAGUAAGAAACCUCCAAUGCUGGAAUCAAAAUGCAAUUGCAGAAUAAUGUGAAGGUGGUCAAAGGUGGUCAAAGGUGUAUAUUGGUGAAAUGUAAAGGUUGGGUAUUAGUGAGUGGGUAGGUUGACCGUUGACGGAUGUUAAAGAGUGGUUGUAUGGUGGGGUAUUUACUAUUUAGUGUUUGUAUCCUUACACGUAUAAACAAGAAGGAAGCCCGUUGUUGAUUUAUUAUUUGUCUUGUACAUUUGGAAUGUGGGCUAUUUUUUUGUAAUUUUAUUCAGGUGAAAAGUAUUAAUAAUUUUUUUUU